AUGGCGAACAAAGAGCACGAAAGUGCCGAUAAGGAACAAGAUGAACACGACGGCCCUAAAUCGACCACUAAAAAUAAACACGACUGGGGAGCAGCAGAUCUUGAGAAGGCAUACAUCAAACGAUCUAUCAGCCAACAACUUUCUGUGGAGCGAGAAGGAUGGCAGACAUAUCCAGUUCCUUUGAUUAAUCGAUUGUUUCAUUUGUGUCUAUUGCAGGUGACUGAUUUUCAUGAAGAUAACGACAAUGCUAAAGAGGUGUCAAAUGUCAAGUUGGACAGUAUUAUCAGUGGGCCUCAAGCCACCAGGAAAACGGUCAACAUCCGACGAGAAGAUGUUCAGCUGAUCGUGGAAGAGUUAGAACUGCCUCGAAUUCGAGCUGAGAAGACCCUGAUAGAACACGACGGUGACGUAAUUGCAGCAACAAAAGCAUUACUGGGAUUUUAA